GCCUGGAGUCCCACGUCUCGGCGCGCUCGCGGCAACCUCCAAGCGUUCAGCACGAGUCCGAGCACCAGCUGCAAGUAGCAAGCGCAGCCAGACUGCAGGCGUCAAGAAGCCACCACCCAGGACCGUCAAGACUAAAAGUGGCAUUGCCAAGGCGAUGGACAAUGUCGCUGAUAGCAAGAAGAGCAUCGGCUUCAUGGAUCUCCCCGGCGAGAUCAGGAACCUCAUCUACUCUUUCACGGGUCAGAAAUCCAGUCAAGCCCUGCUCGUGUACCGCCCUCGACUCGCAUCACUACGCUCGCGUACUCAGCUCGACCGUCAUCGUACCCUGGCCUCCGACGUCAUCGAGAAGGAACAAGAGGCUUCUUUGCCAGCCACUGGUCGUGCUGGCCGUACCCGUGUCAAUAAGCGCAAGCCGAAGACUGGGCUACUCCCUCGCGAGACGAACCGUCCCUUCUUCGGUCUCACCCAAGUAUGUAGCCUUCUUCGCCAGGAGUUUCGUCCGCUAUACAUGAAAAAGCAGGAGAUCGGUAUGGACCUGGCUGAAGUUGUCAAGUACCUUCACACCUUUUAUCCGGAGGCUCCAGAGCUUUUCAAGACCCUCUCAACAUCUAACGACCGCAAGAUCGAUAUGCCCUUCACGGGCAACUUGACGAUUGCUGUGGGCGACAAGGUCAAGGAUAUCGAAAAGUCGGCUGACGGGGUUGAUGUUUGGCCGCUUCUUGAUCUCUGGGCGAACAGUUUCAAGAUCGAAGCCGGUUUCGGGCGCUACAUGCAGGUGCAUUACGAUGCGACUGCUGACGGCGAGGCCAAGGAUCUGCAAGUCUACCGUCUCUUUGGUCGCUGUGUUCAGCCCGACCGUCGGUGCAGUGGCAUGAACACCACGUGGCGUACGAUUCUGCGCACUCGCUCUUUGGCCGCGGUGCGCAUCCACCGCAAGCCCGCCUCGACUUCGACAACUCCACCUGCUCCUCAGCACUCUGCUCGUCUCUUCGGCCCUAUCGUCCCCGGCCCUCGACCCUAUAUCCAUAUUCUCUUCAGGCCCGAUACCGCUGAGCCAUGGAUGAACAAGGAGGUAUCAACAAUCCCGCAUGACUGGCUGAAGAACCGUGGCUUCAGCGGAAUGGAGUACUUCGACGUCAAGAUCGGUGUUGUCUCUGCUUCUGACAAGUGAACCCCUUGAGCAUCGUCCAGACAUUUGCGCAACACGCCCUACCUUGGUCGUAUCGUCAUUGUGUUGAGGUUUGUCUGCUGUUUAGUCGCAACAAAAGCAAUUUCUGCCAAGAGGCCGGUUGAUACCACCACAUCCCUGCGUUGUCGUCGUUCAUCGUUAUGCGCACAUUUGGUGCGAGCUCGGAGUGUUACAGUCUCUUUUCCCAAGUCGAUGUCCACUGGGCCGACAUUACACUGCCAGGCAUCUUCUGCUGGGAGGAAGCAUCUAGGCAUCGCCAUGUCAACGUCUUCUACUAUAUCUCUUUACCUUUGUAGCCUUCCAUCAAACACAUCCAAUCCUCGCUUCCCCUAAACUGUCUUGCUUCACCUUUGUGUCGUGCAUAGGGGCCGGGAUCAGAGCCCCUGAUGUGAGUGACGAUGCAUGGUGAGGUCUAAAUUUGGUGUCCGAGUCCAGAGCGUUGGCAAU